CAGUUACUGGUUGCAGUGGAUGGAAAGUAAGCCUAAAAUACAAACUUGGCAACUAUAGAACAAAACUGAGGAAUGUUGGCUGCGUGGAGGUCACUGUGAAUUCACUCAAACAGAAACCGACAGGAAAGUCUAGCCCAGCAUUUGGUGUAAAGAAACCACGAAAAGCGGAAGUGAACUACUGUCCCUCCUUUCCAAGUGGUGAAACAGCUGAGAGUCUUGAGAGAGUAAGAGCGGCCCUUCUUUCAGAAGUUAAAAGGAAGGACAAUGACCAGACAUUGAAAGCGCUAAUGGAUAAGACCUUUGCAUUGAGAAGGCAUGAGGUUAUCCAGGAAUCACCUGUGAUAGCAGACUUCAAAACAAAAUGGCCUGCUCUUUUUAGGACAAAAGAGGUCAGCACAGAGUUUGAGCGGAUUACAACAGACCCUCUGCUUUCACGGUUCUUUUCGAAGCUGGACCUGCAUGCUGCAAAACUUCUGAAAGUGUUCACCAAAAGAGGAGGAGUCCAAGGACGAAAGAUUAUGCAACUUGUGACUGCCACGACACAGAGUGACAACGUCGAAAUGAAAAGAGAAUCAGUCCUCAGAGCUCUGUGUCUGUACUUGAAUGAAGAUCCGGAUGAUCUUAUUCAUGAAUACAUGGUUUCUGAUGUGGCUGCAAAUCGACAGGAAAUUGAGGAGACUGUCUUGGGAAUCUAUGCAACCAGAGCUCAGGGGGCUGAAGCUAUGACCCUUCCUGUGGAUGUUGGAGUGGUAAUUGAAGGUGUAGUGGUUCUGGAAGACCUUGGCAGUGUGUCUCUUGCUUUUGCGUUGUUGUUUGGGUUAAUUUAUGCCUUAAACUUGAGUUACCCUCCCAAACUUAGAUAUACUUUUGAAGUUGUGCAGAAACUCCUUUUGGACCUCGAUGCAAACAAUCUAUCACGCAAAGCUCAGGCUCUGAAAACAAAACUCUUCAUUGAGUUGUAGGGAUGAUCUUUUGAUGAAGCUAUUGAUUUUGGAAGUAUUAAGCCUAUGUGGCAUGAUGCUAAUUACAUGUUGCAGUUUCUGAACAAAUCUUGAGAUUACUGUUAUAUUUUUGCUGACAGAUUUCAGAUUUAAAUAUGAAAGUGUUUUUACUUAACUGUAUGUUAAAUUGUUAAAUGUUUGCAAAUUUGAAAUCUGAUUAUUUUUGCACAAUCAGAAUGGAGCAGACACUGUCAGGCUUUAUAGGUUUACAUGUAAGUUACAGUACAUGUUUAAAUGUUUUUGAACUGUAGUCCU